GCCACAUUCAAGACAAUGAAAAUGUUGGAUGACUACUGGGAAUUUGAUACACCAUAAUCUCCAUUUGACAUCAAUUAACAACCAGCACUAAUCUCAAGCUCGCAUUUAUCCAGUACCCCGGAAUCUCAAUCUCAACCCCCGGAAUCUACCCCUCCAUUAAGUUAACAACGUUCCAACAACGACUUCAAUUCAAUGCCACAACGACAACCACAGCCCCUCGCCAUCACGCCCGCUCUCCCCUCCGAACUCCUCACCUAUAUUCUAAGCCACCAAACCUACCCAACAACCCUCCUAAUCUGCCAAUCGCGCGCAAACUUCCUCUCCUCUCUCCAAAGAUGUAUGCCGAACACUGUCCAGCGCCAGCCGCCUCUCUACGUAGAGCAGUCAUUACCGGGUCAUGGCCAGAAUGAAGGCGAGCCAGUGGAAUUUGAGCCAGAAAGGCAGGGUGAGAGAGAAGCCCAAGAACGUCAGCGCGUAAUCCACCAUCCCCUCCUCGUCGCAACACUCCACCAAAUCGUCGCAUCACGAUUCGUGAAUCUGGUUUUCAUACCUACACUCUCACACUUACGUGCUUAUUUAGCUGUCUUCUCAGGCGAGGCAGAAAAGGGAAGGGAGACGACAGGAGAAGGACCACCAAAGCAGAAGUUCGAGAAGAUGAGUAAUAGGUCGCCGUUGCUGGUUGUGUAUGGGUUGGUGGCUUUGCAUAGAGACACAAGUGAGUGGAGUGCGCAAGGACUGGGGAUCAGCGUUGCGGCUUUGGUGGAGGCUGGGUGGAGGGGAGGGAGGGGCGUUGUGGUGAUUGAGGAGAGGGAGUGGGAUGCUGAUGGUAAUAUUGGCGGUAAUUAUAGUGAUGGAGGGGAAGGAAGGGAGAGCAGGACGACGGGUUGGGAGGAAAGGUUGCCGAUGUUGAAUGGCAGUGUGAAGCGUAUUGGACUGGAGAGUGAGGAUGGUGGGUGGAGUGGGAGGACGGUAGAGGUUGGAAGGGUUCUAGGGAGGUGGUUUAGAUUUGAGAAAGGGGAUUGGGCUCAAGAAAACUAAGUGCUGGACAGGUUGCUCCUCUGAUAAAGUCUACUGAAAUAUAUUGCGGUCAUAAUCA